CGGGGAGUGGAGGAAGCCCUGGUUGCGGCUCGGCCUGGCCCCUCAGCCCGGUGCCGGGGAGCCCACCGCGACUAACCAGAGCCAGGAUUUUAUGUUGAGACAAUGAACAAACUGCCGUUGUGAAAGUCUUGGUUGCAUCCUCAGACCUUGAAGUAGUUCAACCCUACUUCCCACAUGCAUUUUCAUCAUGAUGGAUACUCAGUAUGUCCUCUGCAGAUGGAAAGAGCGUUUAUGGCCAGCAAAGGUUUUGCCCCAAACUGGAAUCUCUAGACGACAAUGUAUUCGGAAAAGGAAAGCGGCCUUUUUAGAUGUUGAAAUACUGAGUCUAGAUGAAAAAGUUAGAGUAAAGAAGACUGAAACCAAGAUUCUAGAGACGUCUCAGAUAGAAGAGAUUGCUGCGGAAUUUACUACCCAAGUUGAAAAAAAUACUUCACCUAUCGAAGAACUGAUUUACAGGCGAUCACUUAAAGUUGCACUGGAUAUUUUGAGUGAGAAAGCAGAUGCCAGUCAAGUAAACUCUUCGGGCAAAAGUCUGACUACUCCUGUACUUCACAAAGUGAAACAAACAAGACCUGCACAUUCUUUCUCUGAAUCUGACUCGUCACCUUUUGUCUGUGAAGAAGUAAUAGGAGGAUCUGGGCCCUUUAAGAAAGAAAAUGUACUACAGAGGCUGUCCAGUUCCCCCCUUGAAGAAAAUAAAUGCAAAAAGGGUUUUCAGAGAUCUAAAAGAAGGUGUGGUAACAAAACAGAGCCCUUGGCUUCUCCAACUAGAAAUAUUUUGGGUACUGAAAAGCCACGGCAUCAGAAUUGUGAGAAUUCUAAGUCACAGUCCAGAACUUGGAAAAACCGGAAACAAAAGAAAGAGGAUUCAUCACAAAACUCAAAAUUGAACCUUGAGAAGAAACGCAAAGUAAAGAAUAGUGGGGAAAAAGGCAGGAAGAGGCCAAGGACCUCAAACAGGAAUUCAUCACCUUUGAAAGCUGGGGAAGGUGAUGUUACAAACAGUGAAUUUGGAGAACUCAGUCCAGUUUUGUCAUGUCGAAGUUACAUCCAGUUGAUGGCUUUGAGAGAAAAGGCAAGCAGUCCUGUCCAAAAAGCAUUGGAUUUUGGUACCAACCAUUCCUUUGUGGCAUCAGAGUGUGAAAGUGAACAUGGCAAAAUGACUUCACAGAAGUACUGCAAAGUUUCUGAAUGCCAUUCUAUGGAGCCAGAAGGGAGAGGGCUGUGCACCAGUGGAUCUGAUAUUCCCCCGAGUGUCUCUAAUUGCAGCCCAAGUUAUUGUGAUCCUAAAACGAGAAUGCUUAAGCUUCCAGAUUUUGAGGAAGAUGAAGAAGAACUUCAGUCUUCUGAACAGUCUUUGGAGUCUAAUACUAAUGCUGUCAGCAUCACUGUGGCAGAAGAAGAGGAGGAAGAUGAAGAACUUCCAAGUAUACUUUCACACCCUGAGCCAUGUUCCAUAGAAGCUGGAAUGUUAGUCUGGUGUAAAUAUCAAAAAUAUCCCUAUUGGCCAGCAGUGGUAAAAAGUAUAAAGCGGAAGGAAAGGAAAGCAAGUGUAUUAUAUAUUGAAGAAAAUAUGAAUCCAGAAAAAAGAGGGUUUACAGUGUGUCUUAGAAGAUUAAAGCACUUUGAUUGUGAAGAAAAGCAGGAGUUUAUGGAUAAAGCCAAGGAGGAUUACAGUCAGGCUGUUGACUGGUGUAUCAAGCUGAUUUCUGACUACAGAAUUCGAAUUGGUUGUGGCUCCUUUGCAGGAUCUUUCUUGGAAUAUUAUUCUGCUGAUAUUAGUUGUCCAGUGAGGAAAGUAAACCAACAAGAGUCCUUCAAAACAGUGUUUCCCAUCCUGAACAAGGACAGCCCCGAAGACAGUUUGCUCGAUACCCCCUCCAAGAAGCAGCCCUUCAAGAAAGUCCUUCCCGAUCGAAGACGGGCUGCCAGAGACAAGGCCAAUGAGAAGUUAGUGGAAUACAUAGUGAAUGAAAAGGGUGCAGAGAACCAUCUCUUGGCUAUUUUAAAGAGCAGAAAGAAAUCCAGGUGGCUGAAGGAAUUUUUGAAUUCAAGUCAGUACGUGACGUGUAUUGAAACAUACCUUGAGGAUGAUGAGCAGCUGUACCUUGUGGUGAAAUAUUUACAAGGAGUCUAUCAAGAAAUAGACAGCAAAAUGCUGACGCUAAUAAAUGGCGAUGGAAUAAAAUUUAUUCUGGAUGUUCUUUUGCCUGAAGCAAUCAUUUAUGCAAUAUCUGCAGUUGAUGAAAUAGACUACCAAACAGCUGAAGAAAAAUAUAUAAAAGGACCAUCUGUGAGCAAAAGGGAAAGAGAAAUGUUUGAUAAAGAACUUUUAGAGAAAAAGUGGAAGACUGAACCAACUUUUCCAGAAAUGUCUCCAUAUGUGUCAAAACCAUAGCAGGAAACCUUUGUAUUCUAAGUCGACCCGUAGGUAUAGUUAGUAAUCUAUCUUUCUGUGUAAAAUUCUCCUAAUAUUAUAAAUAUGUUUUGUUGAAAUGGGAGCUUUCGAAGUGUUUUUAGUUCUUACUGAUCUAUCUAUUUUUGGUUUGGGGAUAUAAAUCCCUUGGAUGUGUUCUGUGGUACUGCUUAUGAAUUUUCAGAGAUUCUUUCCUCAGAAAGGCCAUUUAUUAAAGUAGUCAAUAGUAUGCAUUUCUAUUUUUAUAACAUACUGCAGGCCAGUUUCCUAUCCCCACCCCUUUUUGAAAUUUGUAAUUGCUGGAUAAUUAAUGUCUGAAAGGACUGACACAUUUUGUAGCAUUUCUGGUUACUAUUGUGCUGUCCUAUUUAGUGUAAAUUACACAUUGAUUUUUUGAUAUUGAAAGAAACCACUGUUAUCAGUUUUUAAAGAGUUGGUUGUUUGUUUUUUAAUUCAGAUUUUGGAUAUGUAAUUCCAUAAAUAUCAAUCUUUUAAAAAUACUGCUUCAUUGAUAUUCAAUAUGUUGGACUUCCUCUUAAUGUUCUCCCUGGCCCUACUUUCUUUAUAUUCAUUUUGGGAAGAAAUUACCUCCAAGAGGUGAAACCUGAAUCAGAGAUGUUUUCUUAUUAUUACAGAAUAACCACAAUUGUGUGUGCAAGAAGGUAUAAGUUGCAAUAUUAUCAUAGCUAUUUUAAAUGGAGCUUUUCCAAGUAAUCCAUAGUGAGAAUGAAUCUAUGAAUGCUUACAAAUCAUGCAUUUUUCAAGAAUGUGUGACUGAAUGAAAUUACAUUGUAUUGUCAACCAUUUUGAUAGCCCCGGGCCAGAUUCUCUCACUACUUAUCUCACCUUCCCAUGUGCAUCUCUAUUUUUUGGCUGUGACUGAAUCUUAACCUGGCAAGCCUUAGUCUCCAGCAUUGUGACAACUAGAUUUCAUUGUAUCAGCAGACUGGUUCAUUUGACUGGAUCAUCUUAGUUUGAUCCCCACAGGCUUUUUGGGUAGUGCAUUAUAGGAAAGUCAAACACUCCUCUUUAGAGCUUAUCUAGAUCAUUUGUUUGGGGGAUAAGUUAGUAUUAGAAACAAUUGCAUUCUCCUUUCUGCAUUCUCACUGAAAACAGCCAUCAAUAUCUAGACCCUGGAAACGAGUGGUAGAAUCUUCAAGAUUCUAGUAGGUUUUAGCCAUUCAGAUUUAGAAAGGACCAUCAUAUUAGUAGCAAAAGACUCAAAGUAAUGAGUGAUUCCGGCUCAGAUAGGGAUGAAAGUUUGACUUCUGUGGACUUGAAAUUUUAGAGAAGUUAAAUUUAUUUUUCAGAUUCUUGGUGUGAAUAUGAAUGCUAAAAUGAGGUGUAAACGUGAAUUUAGAAUAAUUUUAUAUCCUUGUAUGGAUGAAUUGCACAUAGUUUUGCUAUAUAUGUGCCUGUACACAUAUUUAUGCAUAUAUACAUAUAUACAUAUAUAAAAAAAACCCACUGUAUUUGUUACAGUGUCUGUUUGUAUGAACUUCCUAUUCAUGUCUUUCUUUUCUUAACAGUGAUUAGGGAAUCUUAAAAUAUUGUAUUUUUGGAUUUGGGAGUGGGGAAGGGGGCAGAGAGAAGACAUAUCUAUUUUUUUAUUCUCAGUAUAGCUUUAGAGUCUUGUGUUAAUAAGCAUAUGUGAAUGUAAUUCUAAUUGGGUAAUUGCACUAAAAAAUUGUCACUAAAUUAUGAGAGGACAAAAUUUUCACACGUGCCUGAGUCAUACCAAGAUCAUUAUAAGCCAAUGGUAACUUAUAAUGGGCUGUAACCAUUUUCAAAGUGAAUUUUUAAAUGUACAAAGUAGAAAGAGAAAUGUGAGUUAAUUUCAAUGCUGUUCUCUUUGCACAACCUAGGGAAUAUUUGUGCUUAUAAAUAGCCUCCUUAAUACCCUUGAGUAAAAUCAAAGAAGUCUAAAAAGAAAUCCCAUUUUUAAGCAAUAGAGGUUUUUUCUUUUAUUAUUUCACCUUCCUUUGCCAUUUAAUCCAAAUGAAUUGCUUUAAGUAUUUUCAGUGUUUAUGGUACUACUAAAUAAAUUCCUGGAAUUGAUUAUAUUCAGAGGUUUUCGAGUCAGCAGCCACUGCCCUUCAUCUGUUUGACUUUUCUCCACAUCCUCUCAUCAGUCUCUUCCUCAAGCAUAAAGAAAUCCAUUUUCUCCUCAGUCUCCAUCUUAAUAUUCCCAGGGAAUGUGAAUCAGUAACUAGUCUGGAUACACAGCUGCAGAGCCAUUUACAGAUCAGAAAGGAUCUUGCCGUGCCGCUCUCGCCAGUGUUUGAAAUUAUGUACCACUGCUCAUCCGUGGACAAAUUUCAAAAAGAGCCCUCUUCAUCCCAAAGCCAAACACAGGAAGAAAUGGGACAAGGGGAGAUAGAGAUUUCUUGUAUCAGGAGAAUAAGCUUUCCAUGUUUCCCACAGUGGUUUUACAGCAGGGGCACUUGUCUUUAUAUCAAAGCUAUCGUCCCUUUUUAUGGAGGAAGCCAGACAAUUUAGAUCGGCGAUAUCUUAUUUUUUAACUAAUCAUUUGUAAUCUCACUUGGGUGGUUCAAAAGCAUUCACCUUGUACUGAUAAAAACAACACUGACCUUGAAGGUGGUUGCCACAGCCAUCUUUAAUGCUGUGCUAAAAUCAAAUUGCUUUAGAUAACAAGGUCAGAUAUCAAAUAUGGGUGUGUGUGUGAGGAAUCUGUCAGUAUGAACAAAUUCUGGCCAUUUAUUCCAAAGUAUUUUGAUGUGACAUUUUAAAAGUGCAAAGUAAUUGUCUACUGCUCCCAAAUAGAGGAGUUGUUAUUCUCCCCAUGUAAAAUUAAAAGAUAAUUGGAUAAUCGA